AUGGACCCUUUGUCUUACUCUGAUGAGGAACUCUUUGAAAAAUAUCGCUUUAAGAGACUCACCAUCUUGUUUAUUCAAUGCGCUGCUGAUAGGAGACAGCUUGCACAACUACAGGAAUCCUGCACCGGCAAGGAAAUUCGGGCCGUGACUUACCUAAUUAUCAGCGCCUUCAGGCAACGUAUCCUCUUUCCUGUCGGUGAAAUGUUACAUAAAGUUAUGGAAGGAUUUAGAAAGAUUGCAGCACCAGUUGCAUUCCACGCUUAUCUGGGUUGGGAUCGGACAUACCCUGUUGGCAUACCAUGGAAAUACGACACCAUCCUGACUAAAACUGGAAAUGCAUACGACAAAAUUUCUGGAAAACUCACCGCUCCAGAAGAUGGUCUUUAUCUUUUUACCUUUUCUACCUCAGCGAAUCUCAACAGACAGGCAGCGCCCUCUUUGGUGGUCAACGGGAAUGACGUUAAGGUUGUACAGGUGUGCAGUAAUGCGCCUCCAGGUAACAAGAGAUUUACCUGUAGUAACACGGCCGUUAUCCAGUUGCAGAAAGGACAAACUGUUAAUAUACAAGAAACCCACACAACUGCCCAACCAUCGG